GUCGUCGCGUCCCUCCCAACGCGUCAAAGUGACGAGGUAUCGAUUGAGGCGCGCGUCGCUGCAGUACCUUCCUAUCCAACGUUGCUCCUCUCCGCCAACGUGCUGCAUGGUCAUGCACAGUCCAGGAUAGCUCUGCAAGGGCCGGGACUUCACAACGUUGCCUUUCACGCAGCCGCGUUCCUGGCGAGUCCGUUCAUCGGAGCAGUAAGCCGGAUCGGCUUGUGUCAAUGACAAGCGAUCAAGGCAGCUGUUACACGGAUACCUCUGGGGCCAUAACCACCGGGCGGUCUUUUGUUCAACGGUCUGGGGGCCUGGCCGCGGCAUGGGCGGCGUCAAUCCUUAACUUGACACGAGACACCGCCCGCGCUGUCCAUGAGCAGGCUCUCACCGUCCAGCUGACCUCUCUUGUUCAACAUCGAACGGUACACCAGGUUCCGUUCGGCGGAGACUGGACAGCAUGUACCCCUCACGGGUUCUAGGCUUGAGCAAGAACCAAAGACCGCCGCGUCUUCUCAGCCAGGUGGGCAAGGAAUCCGCCCAGAAGCCCACCUUUAAGCAACUCAAGGUUCCCAAGGCGUUCGACGAUCCGCCCUUGUCUAGCGACGAGGAUGACGACCAAGGAACGCCCGUAAAGGCCCCCAAACCAUCCAGCUCGGGCAGAUGUUCCGGCGAGGAUGCCAAUGUCGAUGCUUUGCUCAACAGCUCCGGCAGCUCUGGUGAUGAAAGAGCCGCACGAGGCCGCAUCCAGCGCACAACAUUUACUGGCAAAACGGGACCGGUGAAGAGGAAAAGCGAGGAGGGGGAUCCGGAAACAUCGCAAAACGCUGACUCUGCCAACCCAAUGUUCGCCACCACUAAGUGGCGGAGGCUCAACGGCAAGGGCACGACAUACGGGGGCAACGGUAGUCACUCGCAGACGCCAGCUAGCUCGGCAGAGCAUUUGCAGGACGAGCGCGGCUUCACCAAGGUCAAGUCUUCCAAGGCGACCUACGGAAAGAGGAAGCCAUCAUCUCAGACACAAAUCGAGAAGAAGGAGACCAAACCCAAGCUGCUUGUACCAGAGCCUUUGGUCAGCCCCGAAAAGCCCAAGGCAGGGAAACUGCGUGCGCCUAGCGGCUCGCCACCUCCGCCGUCAACACGGUCCUCCUUGAGACUUGCACAAGGAGACGGCGACGACGACAAGUUGAAGACGAGAGUCUCCCCUCGUCGCAGGAAGCCGGCCCUCCAGACGGUCAACUCAAUAGAGUCGCUGUUGUCGGCCAAGAAGAAGAAGCCCAAGCUGCGAGCAAAGAAGCUCGCCAAGGCGGCCAGGUCCCCGUCUCCGCCCCCAGCCGUCUUCAAGAUGCCCACGUCCUUCUCCCAGUUCAAAGUCCAAGCGGGCGACGGGGCCGAGGGGUCCUUGCCCGACAUAGACCCGGACUCGGACGACAGCGUAGACGGCAAAGAUGAGACGGGCGCCGAGCCUGAAGCCGACGCAGCUGCAACGUCGUCCUGUCCGUGGUGCGGCGAGCCCGUCGACAAGGCGACGCUGAACGACUUCUCCAAGGGCAAGCGGAUGAACGUACGACAGCAGACCAAGUUUUGUCAUAAACACAGAAAACAGACGGCGCUGGAGACGUGGGAAGCAGACGGCUACCCCGACGUGCAGUGGCAGGACCUCACCGAGCGCUUCGAAAAGCACCGGGCCCACCUCCUCAGCAUCGUCAACGGCAAGUCGUCGCACUACCGCUCCCUCCUGGCGGACCGCAUCGCCUCGGGCAAGGCCCGCUCCCUGCGCAAGGAGGACAACCUGAACCCGGGCUACUACGGCCCGCGGGGGUUCAACCUCAUGUGCGACUACCUCGUCGGCGAGUUCGGCGGCAUGCUCAAGGCGCGAGCCGUCGACGACCGGGUGAUUGCGGGGCGCGGCUCCGCCGCCUUCAUACAGGCGGUGCUCGUGGCGGAGCUGGCCGUGCGGCUCGUCGAGGACGACAUGGGUGUCGGCGAGGAGGAGGCCAGGCGCAUCAUGGAGGAGACCAAGGCGCUCGGCGAACUGGUGCAUGAGGAACAGUGAGAGAGCGUGGACUCUUUUGGUCGGUCGAUUGACAGGAGUGAGUGGGCUGAGCUUUUUGUGCACGUCAUAUAUCAUAGCGAGGGCAUGUGAGGAGUUGAUUUGCUACUGCCAACAGCACUUGGCUUCUCGCUUGGCAUUAAAAUUCCGGGCAUAUAUUGCGGUUGAUACCAC